AUGCCUACUACUCCUAUUGAUUUGACAAAAGCGAUUGGCGAACGUCAAGGCAUGAAGUUUUGCUUUCCAGAGGUCGAACCAUUCAGUGGCGAAUCUACUGUAUAUUGGCCUUGGACAUCUAAGGUUGCUUUGGAAUUUGAACAAUCCGGUAUAGAACUUGCUCUAACGGAUGCAAAGUUCCAUGAACAAUCUACUUGGCACAAGGAUGCAUCAAGUCAGGGUUUCUACGCAAUUGCAAAAGCUCUGAAUGAUGGUACCACUAGCCAUAUUGCCGAUGAAGUGAAAGAAAAGAAGGGACAAACUGUGGCCUACGAUCUUCACCAACAAUUACUGGAGACCUACAACUCUCCGGAGGAUCAGGCUUAUUUUGUAAUGUAUGCAAUUGACGAGUUGACUUCCAUCAAGUUGACUCAUGAAGUUACAGUUCCUGAUUUUAUUUCCAAUUGGAAGUCUAUUACUACAAGAUUGCGGAAAAUGGCUCGCCGUGGAGCAACUGACAAGAGCUACAAGAAGAGGACCGGUGUCAAAUUUGAUAAGGAUUAUUCGAAAGAGUAUCCAAAAUGGCACAUUCCUCAGUUUCCAAUCGGUUGGGACAAGAGUUUUCCGAAUGGUCUCUUCACAAGGAUGUUGACCUGGCGUGAAACAUGCCACGGUACCAACUUGCAACCCGGAAAAAUCGAUCGAGAGUUUGGUAUGAGACCAAAGUACAUUGGUGUCAAACGCAAAGAUCGUAGAGGAGCUACUAAAGAUGGUGAAGACGGUGACAAAGGUCGUUCUGACGCACAGCCAAACAAAAGUGGAAAACAAUGGCUGAUCCAGUCCUACUACAAGAAACUUUGGACGGAUCGUCGUGGAAAAACGUCUCAAGCCCACGUUACCAUUACAGAGUGGUGA